AUGGGUGCCAGUUGUAAAGAUCAGAAGAGAGCGGUCGCUAUAUGUCUUCAGAGGUCGCCAUGUGUGAUGAUUGAAAGACACAAGCCACAGGAGUGUCUAGAUAAUCCCGAGCUGAGUAAAGAUUUGCCAGAGUUAUGUAUAGCCCAGAUGAAGGCUUUUCUGGAUUGCAAGCGCGGUAUGGUGGAUAUGACUAAGCGUUUUAGAGGUAAUGCACCAUUAUCCACAGGUAAAUACGACCAGCAAUACGACAAGCUUUGUAGUGGGGACUUUAACCCUAGAGAAGAGAUGAACAAACUUAAUACAUUAAAUAGUUCAGAGAAAGAAUAA